AUGAAUAAUUUACUAUUAAUUGUACUUGCUGUUACAUCUGAAGUUCUAUCUUCAGAUUUCAAUCUAUUAGACCAAGAUUACUACGAUAUAAACAAUGCCGAAGAAAUAUACGAACAGUUCAUUCAAAAAUAUAACAAAGAAUAUUACGAAGAAGAACGAAGUGCUUACCGUUUCGAAGUGUUUGUGGAUAACUUGAAAAAAAUUAACGAGUUGAAUAAGAACAGCGAUUCAGCUAGGUUUGGUGUUACACAAUUCACUGAUCUGACAUUUGAUGAAUUUCGUGAUAGCUAUUUAACAUUCAGUGAUUUUACUUACGGUGAAGGUGUUGUGUACGAACCGAAGGGUCUAAAAUGUCCGAAGUCGUUGGACUACCGCAUAUUUGGAUACGUUACACCAGUCAAAGACCAAGGAACCUGUGGAUCUUGUUAUGUUUUUAGUGCGAUUGGUGACAUCGAAGGGCAAUAUGCCAAGAAGAAUCACACAGCAGUCAGACUAUCAGAACAACAAGCUCUAGAUUGCGGUGAUAACAAAGGCUGUGAUGGUGGAAUGCCACAUGAAGUAUUUCAGUCACUGGCCACCCAGGGAGGCUCUAUUCUUGAGAAAGUCUAUCCAUACGAAGGCAUGAAGAGUAAAUGCAGGCCAAAAGGGGAUAAAAAAGUGCUUGUCACAGGUGGUCUACAACUUUUGAUUAGCAACGAAGAGGAUUUGAAGGAAGCCUUAGUAAACUACGGUCCAUUAUCUAUUGGAAUUUACAUGAACCCAGAUCUUCAGGUACAUACUGGUGGUUUGUUUAAGACAUCCUCUUGCGGUGUUUGGGGUCAUGCAGCCCUUCUUGUUGGAUAUGGAAAUGAUGGAAAAGACGACUACUGGCUCAUCAAGAACUCUUGGGGUAAAGUCUGGGGGGAUGAAGGUUACCUGCGCUUACAGAGGGGAAAGGGAAUGUGCGGUAUUGGCAGAUACGUUGCUCAUUCCAUAGUCGAAUAA